AUGGACGCAGGGGCUAGGAAAAUGAAUUUACCCCGGUUAAUAGAACAGUUUUUGUGGUGCUGUUCUAUUGUUAAUUGUGUAAUUUUGCUCCUCUACUUUUUGGCAGCUUUCUCCAAAAACACGGGCCAGUCUGGCGUACCUGAGAAUACCAAGUCCGAUUUAUUCUCGAAAUUACCAUUUCGAGGAGUUCACGCUGACGUGGAAGAUCUUGAUGGGCUACUGGACCUCUCAUUCCACGCAUUCCUGUCGAACCAAACCCCCAUUCGAAUAAACCAACCACCUGCCGCCUACAAUUUCCUCUCGUUCAAACUCACUGAACUCUGGCUAAGUGAAUUUGAAAACGUGACUCUCAGGUGUCGAUGGGAAGUCCAAACACCUGCAUCGGGAAGCCCAGCCAAAAGGCGGUCGUUCAUACGCGUUUGGAUGAGUUCUGAUUCCCUAAAUUUUAUUGGCCGCAUAGAAUGCCCCUUGAUACCUGCAUCUCCCCCCAUUCGAAUCACCGUCCACCCGGUUUUAGCCGAAAUGAAGCUCCAAUUUUUACCACCAGUGAGUAGGAAUCAAACAAGGAACCUGUUCAAGCUGAAACGCCUGAAGAUUUCUCGCUGGUCAGGCGUAAGUGUGGAGCCCAUUGACGCAAAGGCACCCAAUUUCCUUCACCUCGUCGUCUUCAAAGCCGUGGAACUGAUCUCCGUCUUGACGGCCUUCCCAUCAAGAAUUUGGAUACAGCGGUACUUGAGGUCGGUAAUUGAGGACACCAUCGUGAAUCCAACUCUGCCCCAACCUCUGCUGCAACUUGCAUUGCAGAUUUUUGGCGACGGUGGUUUCGCUCCCCAAAUCUGA